AUGGCCAGUCAACUUGGUGCACCCCCUUCUAAGGUCGAUUUCAAACUUCUUGGAGAUGCGUACGGCCUUUCACUGGCGGACGGUGUUGAGUUCCCGUUGCUUGUUGCCAUGAUUCUGUCCCCCCCCCCCCCCACCGGCAAUUUAGUCAAAAGAAAAAGAAAAUACCGUGACCUUACUCCAUUCUUACCGAGCGACGAAGGCACGCCUCACCAACGUACGCCACACCAUCGUCUGCCAUCUCCGGCCACACCUCCAUCCGGCGACUCCACCUCCGACCACACCAGACGGGGGAGACUCCACCUCCGUCCCUACCUCCAGCCGGCGUUCCUUCUCAGGUGUAAAAUAUCAAUUAAGGGAGAGCUCGAGGCUCUUUUCUUAGAUAAGAUUAUCAAAGAUUUGGGACUUUGCAUAUCUGUUUAUGAUAUCCAGUCAAUUGAUGGUGGUUUUAUCUUUGCCAAUGAGGGUGCUCCAACCUACACAGUGAAAUUCAGGCUGAUAAUAUUUCAACCCUUUGUAGGAGAAAUUAUAUCUGCAAAACUUAAAGAAUCUAACGCCGAUGGUAUACGCUUAUCAGUUGGAUUUUUUGAUGAUAUAUACAUACCAGUGUUCCUACUGCCAAGUCCUAUCACUGCUGAACCUGACUCAGAAAACAAGAACCAAGUUAAAUGGAUAUGGAAAUAUGAUGGUGCAGAAUAUCUUAUAGAUGGAUAUGAUGAGAUUAGGUUUCGAGUUCAUAAGGUUAAGUUUCCUGAAAUCCCAAAAGAGCAAAAAGAUUCAAAGCCAUUUGCACCUAUGGUGGUCAUUGGGUCGCUUGUGUGUGAAGCGGGUUUGGGGCCCAUUUCGUGGUGGGUCUAGUUCAAAUUUCGUCUGUUUUCUGAAUGAAUAUACCGGGCUUAAUUAGUACAGAAAUUGUCAAACUACUGUUGACUCUCAGCUUAAAAACACAUAUAUAUUUUUUUUCAAUUUUAAUUUCUCAUUUUAAGAGCAUUUGGGACAUAUGAGACUUAAAUCAAUUAAGUAGUAUGAUUACCAAAUUUCGUUAAUAAAUUUUAUUCGACUUGAGAAGGUUAUUAUGAAAUUUUUAACUAAUAGAAAGAUGAC